AUGGAAUAAAGUUAAAUUGUGGAUUUAGUACAAACUAAUAAAUUGCAGAUAUUUUCAUAUUUGUCUCAAUUAUAAUGAGUGGACACAAGCAAGGAAAUUGUAGUAAAGUUUCGGCCACUUCAGCCAGCUAUCAAAACACAUGGCUGACAUGGUGCCGUCUAUGUGCAAAGCAAGGAAAUAUUGGGCAGGAGCAUGAAAUUUUCUCCAAGAACGAUACUGGACAAGCCACCGCUCUUACAACAUCGAUAGGCAAAUAUUUUUGGGUGAACAUUAAAGUAGAGGAUGAAAUAUCUAAAAGUAUAUGUAAACAAUGCCGCAUAUUGGUAGAGGAGCUAUGUAACUUCACUGAACGUGUUAAUAAGGUGCAGACGCUGUUUUGCCUGCUACAGAACCUCCGACCUUCAUGUGAGGAAGAAGCUAGCAAAUUGAGGUCACAGUGCGGCCUUAUAAAUGAGCGCUGGGAACACAUAAUCAAAGUGCCCCAACCCAAACCCAUUACGGCCAAUCAAGAGGCUCAAACGGAUUUGGUAAUUUUCUUCAAUGGCGAUGCGAACAGAUCCAGCCAAGAAUCUGGCGAUGACAACAGUGAAGAAAUCGAGCGUCUGGCUUCGGAAGAGCAAAUUGAACAGGAAGAUGAAAUGGUGUUAAUGGAGAUGGAGAAUGCAGUGGAGCCAACUUUUGAAUGCAUACUUCCCGACGCAAAAUACAAAAGUGUAGCGAAAACCAAAAGAAAUGAUUUUGGCAAGUCCUCCUCAAAGCCAAGUAGACCUGUGCCAAAAAAGAUUUUUAUGAGCAAUGAAAAAUUGGAGCAGGAAAUGGAAUUGGAUGAAGGGGCUGAAAGGGAUUUUGAGUAUUUAGUGAACAACGAUGAUGAUUUGGUCGAGAUAGAUGAGAGUGAGUUUCGGCAAAAACCUGUGAAUGAUGACGUCGAUGUACAGGACAGCGACUUAUUUAAAGAGUUCAAGUACAAGGCAGAUGGCGAAGAAGGCGAGAGUGAAGUGAAUUGUGGUAGUAAUGCAGUAAAAGAAAAUGACUCAGAAUAUCACGAAAUUCAGGAAAUAUAUUCCGAGGGAGAGGUUGAUGAUUAUGUGGUAUUGGAAGAAGAUGAGCAAGAGUGCGAAGUAGAGCAAAGUAUAGACGAGCACUCUAAAUCCGGCGAUGAAAAGUCAACGGCGGUCAAUGCAUGCGAUUUACUUGUCAAGAGAAAACGAGGAAGGCCACCACUUUCCGCCAAAUCUGGACAGCGGCCUUCGUCUGCAUAUCGCUACCAGUGCAAGGAGUGUAAAAGAAAGUAUAAAAGUGCCAAUGUGUACCGCAAGCACAUGCAGGUAACGCACGACGUGGUUAUAGACAACACGACCGACUUUAUAUGUUCGAUUUGUCAAAAGAAUUGCCACACAAAAAGUCGCCUGCAGAUGCAUAAGAGAAAACAUUUGCCAGAUGACGAAAAAGCGACCGUACCUUGUCCUUACUGCGAUCGCGGAUUCUCCUUUGUGGAUGCAAUGAGGCGUCACGUCAAGAUUGUACAUCAGAACAUAAAGCCAUUCAUAUGUGAACAAUGCGGACGGACUUGCAAGACAUUGGCGGCUUUAAACGAACACUUGUUGGUGCACACCGAUGAGUGCCCCUUCAAAUGUGAGGUGUGCGGCAAAAGUUUUAAGAAUAACGCCAGGCUAAAGUCGCACAUGGACACACACAAUGAGUCGGAGUAUGCAUGCCCCGAAUGUGGUCUAAAACUCAAUACGAGAAGAACCCUUCAGCAACAUCGUCUCGUUCACACCGAUGUUAAGCGCUUCAAGUGUGAAUUCUGCGAUGCUGCCUUUAAGAGGACCAAAUCCCUUAAAAAUCAUCUGCUACUGCAUUCUGGCUUGAGGCCCUACAAAUGUCCCUUUUGUGACAAGUCCUUUUCAAAUGGUUCCAACUGUAGGUCACACAAACGGAGGGUGCAUCCCGCAGAAUUGGCCGAGGAAGAAGCCCUUGGAAAGAAAUCAGAUCCAGUGCCCAUUCCAAAGUUGGAAGAUCUCAAGGCAGCUAAAACGGCUGUUGUGCAACCUCGAAAAGUAAGACGAUCUGCACAUGGUGGCAAAGCAGUUAAACGACGAAACUCUGACGAUUCGGAUGACAUGGAUUCCUUUGCCAUGUCCGAGGUUCAUUAUGAAAUCAAGGGGGAACUGGGUGAAGAGGGCUUGGAUGAAAAUCACGAAGACGAUGGGUGUGAAGAGACUGUUAUCUACGAAAUAAUUGAUGAAAUUUAAACAAAGUCGAAAUGAAGACAUCAUGUAUUAUGUUUAUACAAAUUAUAAAAGCCUUUGUAUGGGAUUAACCUUUUCGCAUGCAAUGUGCCCCUUUUUUCUACCAAAACUCUUUAAAUAACCAACCAACCAACCAAAUUAAAUAAUAUUAAAUUUUGUAAA